AUCACCGGUGUAUCCAUUCCCGUCAUCCAUUUCAUAUCAUAUAUCCUUCCUCCUUUCUCUGCAAAUCAUCAAACAUACCCAGUUCGGGAAGACAACAUUUUAUCCUUUUCCCCUCCAAUAGGAACAAGCAAUCUUCUCUCUCUCUCUCUCUCUCUGCGCGUCUAUUCUGAAGAAUCGCCAUUAGACUCGGUCUCUCUGCUUUUUCUUCUCUCUCUCUGUUCCAGAGGUGAUCUUUUCUAACAGUGCUUUAUUGCCCUAUUUUUUUGGGCCAGUCUUUCCAAUCUGUAUUAGGGUUCUUCCUUUUUUUUCUUAUUUCUUAUUUCUUAUUUCUCAUUUGUCCUUUUGAACACUAAUCAUCCCAAAACUGUCAAUUUAUCAUUAUUUCUCUUUCUCUCUCGUUCUAAAUCUCUCUGUUAUUGAAUAGAACUUUGAGGGUUGGAUCCUUUUGACUUGAUGAUGACUUCUGUAAAGAACAACUUCCUACCCCCUGCUCUCGUCUCUAAUCUACAAGAAGUUCUUAUUAGCAGAAAGGGCGGCGAAGAAGAACCUUCCAACAAGCCCGAUGAAUCCCUCGAAGCUCCUUCUUCUUCUGCUUCGGAGACUGUCAACGAUUGCUUGAAACCCAUUGUUCUAGUGACCAAUGGGGAUGGGACUGAAUCACCUGGUCUUACCUUCCUUGUCGAAGCUCUCGUCCAAGAAGGUCAAUGCAAUGUUCACGUCUGCGCUCCUCAAUCGGAUAAAUCCGUUUCGGGUCACUCUGUGACGCUCCGAGAGAAGCUUGAAGUGUGUUCCGCAGAGAUUAGCGGGGCCACAGCAUUUGAAGUUUCUGGAACUCCUGCUGAUUGUGUCUCUUUAGCUUUGUCGGGUGCAUUGUUUUCUUGGUCAAAACCAGCGCUGGUCAUCAGUGGAAUCAACAAGGGAUCAAGUUGUGGUCAUCAAAUUUUCUAUUCAGGUGCUGUUGCCGGGGCAAGGGAAGCUUUGAUCUGUGGUGUACCAUCUCUUUCUAUAUCAUUGAAGUGGAAGAAAGAUGAAAGCAGUGAAAGUGAUUUUAAAGAUGCGGUUAAGGUGUGCUUACCGUUAAUACAUGCAGCCAUAAGAGAUAUCGAGAAAGGAGUAUUCCCCAAAAGUUGCUCUCUGAAUAUAGAGAUUCCUACUUCUCCCUUGACAAACAAGGGCUUCAAAGUCACCAGACAGAGUCUGUGGAGGUCUCUUCCAAGUUGGCAAGCUGUCUCAGCUAACAGACAUCCAUCUGCUGGGUUCAUGUCCAAUCAACAGAGUCUUGGCCUCCAGCUUGCUCAGCUCAGCCGAGAUGCAUCUGCAGCUGGUGCAGCACGCCGCAUUGGCACACAAAGGAAGAAUGUGGAGAUUGAAUCAGUUGGGGUUGCUGGAAAACCAGAUUCCCAACGAGUGAAGAAGUAUUUCCGUCUAGAGUUUCUGGAAAGGGAGCAAGAAGAAACAGAUGAGGAUCUUGAUUUCAGAGCACUUGAAAAUGGCUUUGUUGCUAUUACUCCUCUAUCAUUGUCAUCACAUGCUGAAUCUGAAACUCAAGCAUCUGCGUCUGAGUGGAUUGCUGCUACUCUUUUCAGGGACCAAUAAAGCUUGUUUAGAUUGACGUGGUUGGUAACACGGUGUACAUUUGGAAAUGGGAUUACAUUUUUUUUUUCUUCCCCCCCUUCUAUUCAACAUGCAAAUUUAUUCUGAUUUCUUCUGUCCCUUUCUUCCCCCCCUACCCCUGCCCAACCAAAAAGCUGGGGUUCUUUUAUCUUUGUGUACCAAUGAAGCAUACGCUUCUCUGUUUAACUUAUGUAUUGGGCAAGAUGUAAAAUCUCCAGUCAUCUUCUUUUUCCUGAUGCUAACAAUAUUUGGUUCAGUUUGAAAAUGUGGUGUUCCUGUUUAAGUCCAGUGAGUUGAGUUCGCUUUUUUGUAUCUUUUGAUGCAGACUGCAGUGGGGUUUACUUUUUUCCGCACUCUCCUAUUUACCCUUAAUACUGAAUCAUGCCUCAAAAAUGUAAUUUUUGUGGACAUCUAUGUUGUAUUUUAUUCUGUUUCUUCCUGGAAAGUAUGGAGGAAAUAUGCGUACUUAACUUUCC